CGAGCACAACGAUAUUGGAAGUUUAGUAUCAAUUUGGCGUUUAGAGCGUGCAGACCUUUAUCGCUCUAUCGAAAAUAAAAUAUUUAACCGAAAAUGGCAAAAGAUAACUUAACAGCUGUUUUACAUGGCAUUAACGACUUGCGAUUGGAGCAACGUCCCAUACCGGAAAUAACCGAUGAGGAGGUUUUGGUGGCAAUGGAUAGCGUCGGUAUUUGCGGCUCAGAUGUGCAUUAUCUGACAAAGGGUCGCAUCGGGCACUUUGUGGUCACGAAGCCCAUGGUCAUUGGCCAUGAAAGUGCUGGCGUGGUGGCCAAAGUGGGCAGCAAAGUGAAGAAUCUCGUUGUAGGCGACCGCGUCGCCAUUGAGCCAGGCGUGCCUUGCUAUAAAUGUGAUCACUGCAAGCAGGGCAGCUAUAAUCUGUGCCCUGACAUGGCAUUCUGUGCCACGCCACCCUACGACGGCAAUCUGACCCGGUACUACAAGCAUGCAGCGGACUUUUGCUUCAAGCUACCCGACCACGUCACGAUGGAGGAAGCUGCCCUCUUGGAGCCGCUGUCGGUGGGCGUGCAUGCUUGCCGCCGUGCUGGCGUGGGAUUAGGCUCAAAGGUGCUUAUCCUGGGCGCAGGACCCAUUGGAUUGGUUACUCUUCUGGUCGCGCAAUCUUUGGGUGCUACGGAGAUUUUGAUUACGGAUCUAGUGCAACAGCGCUUGGAUGUUGCCAAGGAACUUGGCGCCACACACACGCUGCUGCUGAAUCGAGAUGAUACCGGAGAAGAAGUCGCAAAUCGUGUGCAUCAGAUAAUGAGUGCGGAACCUGAUAAGGCUAUCGACUGUUGUGGAGCGGAAAGCAGCACUCGGCUAGCUAUCUUUGCUACGCGAUCUGGAGGUGUUGUUGUUAUCGUGGGCAUGGGACCGCCGGAAAUGAAGCUUCCUCUGUUCAAUGCCUUGGCUCGAGAGGUGGACAUUCGCGGUGUGUUCCGCUACUGUAACGACUAUUCCGCUGCCCUGGCGCUGGUUGCCUCCGGUCGGGUGAAUGUAAAGCGUCUUGUCACACAUCAUUUCGACAUUACGGAGACUGCGAAGGCAUUUGAAACUGCUCGGGAUGGUCUAGACGGGGCCAUCAAAGUUAUGAUUCAUGUUCAACCGAGAAAUACCAAUAAUCCUGUCGAAUUUUAACUAUAUGUUGAAGCUAUCCUUGUAACAUAAUUCAAAAAAAAAAAAAUGUGAAUGAAAUUUUUCUGGACACAACAUUGAUUAAGUGUAACAAAUUUUAAGUUUGAAAGCGUUUCGAUUUUUAUCUAAAUUGAAAGUUGUACAAUUUAGCAGUUUUAUCUGUAGAUUUGAAUGGCCAACAGAAAUGUUCAGAGAUUAUCGCGUAGCCUAAACGGCUUUCUACCCAGCAGGUGUGUGGGCUACGGUCCAUUGGCUUCAAUGAUGCGACAAUUGCAUAAUGAAGAAGUGAGCCUCGAUGAUCUGAUCAAGAAACGUAUGCGAAAGCUAUUGAUGGCCAAUGAAGCUUCGGCCAGUUGUUGUAUAAACCGAAUACAUGAUACCAGUAAAUCCCUCGCAAACGCCAAUCCAAGAGACGAAACAAUCAAUGCUCCACUGGAAAAGUCCCAUCAACCGUUUAUCUUUAGGUUCCAAAGGUCAACCGUGAGAAACAGCAAUUCAACGUUUACAACGAGAGGACUUCUUUCAGUAAAAAAAAUAUGAUAUUAGCUUCACUAAUCGCCGCUACAGCGAAAAUUCGAAGGAUAACAUGCCUGUUGUUUUACACGGCAACAAAGGCUUGCGUCUGAAGAGAGAAAACAAGAGGCAAGCAUUUCCAGUUAUGUAUGCAGAAUUAAGUUCCUUUACACGAACUUAGACUGUGAGGACUUGUUAGAAAUGAACACUUGCGGUAUUUGUGGGACAGACAUUCACAUUAAGGUAAAAAAUGUCAUGACCAUUGGCUAGUAAUGUUCCGGAGUAGAGGUUGAUAUUUUUAACAGGGUACCACGAAGAUCUGGUUAACUUGUGCUAUAAGCUGCCCGCUCCUGUAACUAUGGAAGAGGGUGUUUCAGGAUCCAAAUUCUGGGUGCAGCACCAAUUGGAAUGGUUACGCUACUGGGCAACGGCUUCAGGAUGUGGCUAAGGCAGUUAAACACUAAACGUGGUGCUGAGCCCCAAGAAGUCACAACGAUUGCCGCGUCAUAUGAUGGGCGUGGGGCCUGACAAGUGAAUUGACUGCAUCGGAAUAGAGAGCUGCACCUACACCUGGAGGCUGACUUAAGCAUUGAUUUCCAAUUUUGCUAAUACCCUUAAACUGUGUUAAACCUGACAACAGAGCCUGACGGAGUCGUUGUCAUCAUUGUUUGCUCCCACUCUGACGCACAUCGACGUAAUGUAAAGCGCCUUGUCACACAUCAUUUUGAUCUUUGUGAGGCUGUAGAGGGGUUUAAAAGAUACCUUGCAAUCCGGGGUCGCCAACAAUUUCUGUAUAUUUCAGUCAAAUACCUUCUUCCAUUCAGUUUGAAUAAAAUUUUAAGAGCAUGUCUUUAUUUAAAAGCA